AUGAUCUUUCGGAACGUGGUGUGUAUUUUCGGGGCGCUCUUCGUAGCAUUCGGCGGCGUCCAAGCAUUCCUUCUCCCGUCAGUCCAGUCCUGUUCCGCCUUGAGCAUCUGGCCCCGGGGUGUCGCGCGUCAGAACUUAAAAUGCAACGUCAUACCCGCACAAGAGCAGCAGAGCGAUCAUUCGCAAUCUAAAGUGCAAGGCAAUUUGGCUGAUGUGAUCGCAGACGCCCGCGCCCAGGAGGAAGCGGAAAAAAUCAUGAAGGAACUGGAGGACGGCGCUGUUCGCGAAAUGGGAGAAGCACAGGCAGCGGGUCCUAAAUAUAUGCCGAGCACCGAGCCUGAUGAUCCCAUUAUCAUGUCUUUGCAAAAAGUCUUGGGUGUAGGACGUGUGGAGAAAUGGGAGCUCCUGGAUUCCCGGUGGAACGGGAACGAGGUCUUCAAGUACACGACAGACAAGGGACUCUUUUUCAUCAAACUCAAUCGCGUCGAAGACCCCUCUGUGUUUCUGACUGAGGCGGUGGGCUUGAGUGCCUUGGCCGCGACUAACACGCUCCCCUGUCCCAAGCCUCUCCACCUGGGGAAGCUUCCCAAAGUCGGGGACGUGGGUCCGGGUGCCUUCAUGGUGCUGGAGCAUUUGAAACUCCUGCCUUUUGGAAUCAUGCGUACUGACAUGCAGCAACGCCUAGGAGAGCAAUUGGCCGCCCUUCACCUCGACCAAACCCAUGCCGCCCUCCACCGGGGCAGGUUCGGAUUUUCCGUCUCGAAUUUUCUUGCGUUGACCCCUCUGAACAACACCUGGACCGAUGACUGGCCUUCCUUUCUGGCCCGUCGCCUCGAGUCCCAGGUGGCGGCCUUGUACCAAGAAAAGCAGUACGGUCGUGCUGCACUCAAUGAAACGGACAUGGAGCUGCGCAUAUUGGGCUCUCGCGUCAUCCGGGCGGUGCCCGCCUUGUUGGCAGGGGUCAAGGUGUCCCCAUCUCUUAUUCACGGUGAUCUAUGGAUUGGCAACGCCGGUGCUACGGAGGCUGGUCCCGUGAUCUUCGACCCUGCCUGUUUCUUUGGCCAUCACGAGAUGGAACUGGCGAUGAUGACUUUGUUUGGGGGCUUUCGCGACGAGUUUUGGAACGCGUACCACGCGCGUUUGCCGAAAGAAAAAGGCUUUGAGACCCGUCAGAAACUCUAUCAGUUCUACUACUAUUUGAACCAAUUGAAUCUUUUCGGGGACGCGGGGGUGAAGAGGACGUGCGUGCGCCUGGCCGAGGAGCUGUUAUUGAUUUAG